AUGCUGACUCCUGACUUUCUCCAUGAGAACUACCAAUGUGGCUACCAGGUCACAAGGACAACAACUCCCAACUAUCCCAGCUUCAUUUUGUCCUCAGCCAAGGUCAAUGGCUGGCAGGAAUGCCAGGAUCGAUGUACGGUUGAUCCAAGUUGUGAGUGCACUGUAUGGGCGCUGGACGGUACAUCAAGGCGCUGGGCGCUGGUCAUUGACAGAGCGUUGGGAGCUGCGAGGUAUGACCCAAUCUACUCCACUUUCCUGAAAGACAAAGAUGCUUUGGUGAGGGUGCAGACCACAACCACCGAAGAGGAAAGGCGCUGGAUUCCGGUGGUGGUCACGGAUGAAGACACAACUAAGAAGGACUGGUUUUGGGAAAUGGAUCGAUUGGACAAAGGGAUAGGCCACACAGCUCUUCGGGCAGCCGAGCGAGUGAGAAGAGAAAGAAGAAGGCCGGUGGCCAGGGCAGUUCGCUCGCGUUUGGCCGGACACUUGGGAGGACGCGUUGAAUUCGGCUUCGCGAAGGAUUGCGAUUUGAAGAAGCCCAGGAUAAGAAGGAGAAAAAGGACAAGAAGAGUAAGAAAGAGAAAAAGGAAAGAUGAUGAGAAGGAAAAGAAGCGGGCUGAGAGGGCGGAAACUUGGAACUGCGAGCGAGGUGAUGCGGUCCGACAGAUUGGUGCCCUGCUUCAGCUUGAUGCGGCGGUGGAAGAGGAACUGGAUGGGGUCUUUGAGGCCAUCGAUGAGGGCGAAACGGUGCGGAUUGACGGCCUUCAGAACAAGCAGGCGCGGAAGAAGCUGCGUCACUUAUUGCAGGCUUUCCGUUUGACACAGGAAGAGAAUGGCCAAGCCUACAGAAGCUGCGAGCUUAAAGUCUCCUUCAAGAGCAUCUAUCAAGAGUGCCUCAUCAGGGCGAAGGAGCACUUCGUCGCGAAGCCCGUGGAUGUGGAAGAGCCCGAGGAAGAAGAACCCGACCAAGCUGAACCGGAGGCUUUCGACCCCCGUGCUGGAUACUCGGGUGAAGCGGAGGAAGCAGAAGCAGCUCCUCCAGCUGCACGAAUUCGAGGGCCUCAACUGCCUGGAGCAACCGUGGGCGCAUCUGAGUUGCACAGCGGUUCCGAAUCAGAUGGGGAAGCUGGACCUCGCGGGGAAGGUGAAGAAAGAGAAGGUGUGGAUUUGAGAUAUGCGGAUCCAGUGCAAAGUGGCAGGGAAGAAUGGAUGACGAUGGCGCCUGAGAGUAUGGCUGGGUUGUUCAUGGAUGGCAAUGGGAUGAUCAGGAAGAAAAAGGCCGAUGUCUUUGCCGUGAAGCGUAGCAAGGAGGAGCAAGAAGCUUUCGAAAAGGCCUUCAAAGAACGUGGCCCAUCUUUGCUGUCUCAGCAGCAGCAGGGCGCCUUUUCAGAGGCCAAGGAGGCACAAGAUGCCCUGCGCAAGCGGAAGGUUGGUCCCAGUGACGUUUGGGGCAUGUCAUCAAAGGAGCAAGAACGGCAAGCAGUCGGUGCUCCUGCUGCUCCUACUCGUCGCAAGUCUUUUGACCCGGAGAAGGAUUUGGUGACCACCAAGCCGAUGACCUCCGAUGAGUUUACCAAGCUGGUGGAAAAUUCCCAGAGUGGCCUCACUGGACGCUUUAGUCGCGGUGGUGUUUCGUCCUCAUUUCUGUGA